AUGACGAUCGCGACCCCUCUCGAAAUUGGCGUCCUGCUCGUCGGUGAAGAAGUCCAGUUCAACGACAUCGCACCAGCCGAUCUUCUAUACAUGAUUAGCCCGGAGUUCCUCGUCUCAUUAGGUCCAGCGGUUCCACCAAUGCAAUCUCUGGCUGUGCCCAUGAAAAUAUCCUACAUCAACGAGAGAGGCGAGGGUCUGUUCCCUCUUACCGCGGCAGCUAAGAUUGUCGUUACUCACUCUCUUACGACCGCGCCAAAGCUCGACAUCAUGAUUAUUCCAGGAACUUCAGCCGAUCCUACUGCGCGACCAGCCAUUGAUCGGUUUAUCAAGUCCGCCGUCGCAGAUGGCACGGCUGUCUUAAGCAUCUGCAGCGGAAUCUUUCCCACGGCGGCUUCUGGGAUUCUGGACGGCCUCGUCGCGACCGCGCCUCUAGGUGUGCUAUCCUUAGUACGAGAGCGCUUUCCGAACGUAAAAUGGGUCAACAAAUGCCGUUGGGAGAAGAGCGGUGGAGCCGACGGUCAGGGUGAAAUCUGGACAAGUGGUGCCGUUGCGAAUGGCGUGGAUUUGACGUGCGAGUUUAUGCGUCAGAAGUUUCCAGAGAGUAGGCAGCUGGUGGAUUUCAUGAUAGCUCUUUCGGGUAUUGCCGAGAGGAGGAGAGAGUAUAGUAUGAAGGAGAAGAUGGUGGAGGCGAUGGUGGAGGGCGGAAGAGCGCCAGCACAGUGA